AUGACUAAUUUAGACGCAAAUGAUAAAAAUAGUGAUAUAAUUGCACAAGGAAGCUUCGCCACACGUGCUAUUCACGUUGGUAGCGCAGCAAAUGAGGCGACAGGAGCUGUUAUUCCUCCAAUAUCUCUCAGUACCACGUAUGCUCAGUCGAGAGUUGGGGAGCAUAAGGGCUUUGAAUACUCUCGCUCAAACAAUCCAAACAGAGAGGCAUUUGAGAAUCAGGUAGCUGCGCUUGAAAACGGAAAACACGGUUUUGCUUUUGCUAGUGGAUCAGCAGCAGCAGCAAGUCUACUACACUUACUCGGCGAGGGUCCUAGUCAUAUUCUAUCUAUUGAUGAUGUAUACGGUGGUACAUCAAGGUACUUCCGUCAAGUUGCAUCUUUGUCUGCGGUUGAGACGUCCUUUGUUCCUUUACAAGGAAGAGUUCAUGAGGAUGAGAUAAACAAACAUUGGAAAGAUCAUACAAAGAUUGUUUGGGUUGAGUCUCCAACUAAUCCCACAAUGAAAGUAGUCGACAUUGCUCAUCUAUCCGAAAUUGCACAUAAGAAAGGAGCUUUAGUAGUUGUAGACAAUACGUUUUUAUCACCAUACUAUGCAAAUCCAUUGGAUAUUGGUGCAGAUGUUGUCUUGCAUAGCGUAUCAAAGUAUAUCAAUGGGUUCAGUGAUGUUAUCAUGGGCAUCCUCAUUACAAAUGACGAACAUGUCGCGAAGAAGUUGAGAUUCUUCCAAAACGCAAUUGGCGCCGUCCCAUCAGCUUUUGAUUGCUGGUUAGCCCAGAGGGGUGCAAAAACAUUACAUCUUCGUGCUGAGAGACACGGUGAUAACGCGCUCAGAUUAGCACACUUUUUAGCAUCAGAGGGUGUGAAGAGGGGAUGGGUUCAAAGCAAAGACGAUAUUCUCUAUCCUGGUUUACCUUGGAAUCCUCAUUAUGAGAUUACAGUUGAACAACUGUCAAAAAGAGUUAGAAACCAAACCAAAGACUACACUCAAGGUAUUCAAACGGGUGGCAUGCUAAGUGUAAAGUUUUCAAGUAGAGUGAAUGAUGUGGGGGAGAAAAUACUCGAGAAUCUAAAAGUUUUCACUUUAGCAGAAUCCUUGGGAGGUGUAGAGAGUCUGGCGGAACUACCAGUGAAGAUGACGCAUGCGGGCGUUCCACAGGCCAUCAGAGAAGAGCUUGGCAUUGAUGAUUGCCUGGUAAGGUUCAGCGUCGGUGUCGAAGAUUAUGAAGACCUUAAGAAUGAUAUUGUUGCCGCGGCCACUGCUAUUUAUGAGAAUUAA